GUUAUGGAGCUCUCCAUGUUUAAAAUUGUGUUUGUUUUCGCUCUUUUAAACACUUCAAAUGCCCUUCUUGGUAUGGGAAGAAAACAAUCAGUAUCAGUUACUGGUCGACUUACUUGCUUGGGAAAACCUGCAGAAGGUGUGAAGAUUAAACUGUAUGAAAAGGAGAAAAUCAAGGACAUAAAAAUGGAUCAAACGUAUACCGAUGCGAAUGGAGUAUUCACAGUUUCCGGAUACAAGACAGAAAUUACAAAUAUCGAUCCAAAGGUGAACAUAUAUCAUAAAUGCAAUACAAUUGGUCUAUGCUACCAAAAGUUUGGAAUUACAAUUCCUGACAACUUUAUAUCAAUUGGUUCGAUUCCACAGAAAACAUUCGAUAUCGGAGAAAUACAUUUGGCAAAUAUUUUUCAAUGCCAGACAACUGAUUGUAUUAAUUAAAUAUUCAAUGGAGUUCUUCUGUUAAAAAGUUUUAUUUUUCAAAAUAAAGUCAUCAUC